UCAGAUUGUUCUCUAAUGUAUCAAUUGUAGUAAAAUAAAUUCACUUUUUCCAAAUAUGCAUUAGAACUGACUAUAACAAAAAAGAAUUUAAAUAAAGAAGAAAUAUAAAAGAUAUAAUCAGAGAACCUUAUGAUGAAAAAAGGAAGGAGACUAGACAUAAUGAGUUCAAAUAAUAAACAUUGGAUGGAGAAGCCAGUGUCUAACUCACAAAAAGUUAGGGGAAACAGAUUUGAAACAUGGCAGAUGAUACGGAUCAGGAAAAGACCGCCAAUACUGAAGAGGAUCCCCUGGAUCUCAUUAGGCUCAGUCUAGAUGAACAAAUUUAUGUGAAAAUGAGAAAUGACCAAGAACUACGAGGAAAAUUGUAUGCUUUAAAUGUGAUUUUGGGAGAAGUAGAAGAGACUGUGACAACUAUAGAAAUUGAUGAAGAAACUUGUGAGGAUAUCUAAUCAACCAAUUGGAACAUUCCAAUGCUGUUUGUCCAAGGUGAUGGGGUUGUAUUAGUAGCUACUCCAUUGAGAGUUGGAUGAAACUAAGACUUUCUCCUGUGUGGAAAAGUAGAGGCUCUUGACAAUAGCCUUUAUGAGAAAAGCUGGUAUUCAAAAGAACAGCCUCUGAUACUUUUUUGCUAUUUAGAAAUAAUCAAGGAAUCCUCCUUUAAAAUGUGUUUAUUUCCAGACAAUUCCUGAUCAUUCUUAGAUUUCUGAUACCAAACCUACAAAUUAAGGCAGGACUCUUUUUCAGUUAUUUAAUUUUUCUCUUCAUCUUGUGGGCAAUUAAAAU